CCCCAAGUGACCAUGACGACACAGCGUACACACAGGUUGCAGCCGUGGGGCUGGCCCACGGCCCAGGCUGGGGACACUCCAGCCCAGCAGUGCCAGGGGGAGACGUGGGGCACCCCGGUGCCACCUUCGGGUCCAGCCCCACAGACACGUCUGCCCGUGAAAGCCUGCUGGGUGCUCAGUGGGUGGAAAAAGGAAGGAAAUGAGGAGAGAAGCUACCCAUUUUUUUCUCUUUCCGUUAAAUCUUCUUAAGCAUUUUAUCAUAAAUUCAGUCCUUAUCAGGAUUUUUGCAAGGUUUGAAUGCCAUGACACCAUCACAAGAGUGGUGCUUGGUUUGCAGGCAGUGUAGUUAGCUGAUUGUAUCCAUUGCUUCACAAUCACUAAAUUCACUGCCAUCAAAACAAUGCACAGGAUUCCCUGCUACAGCCUCACUACAGAAAACUGCAUGCCUUACAACAUCUUUAUUCCUAGUGCAAAAAUAUUAAUAAUGUUUAUUUGUUUACAGCUUUAUUUCCAGUAAUUCUCAUUUAGCUUUCAUGUCUUAUUUAACAAGCUAGUAAGUUAAGGGGUUUCUAAGCAAUGAUUAAAUAUUAAACUCCCUGAAUGCUAUAAACGUCUUUUACUAUGAUCACUUUGCUUAAUGUCCAACAGUUUUAAUAAUGGAAAAAAUGCAGACUUCAUAGUGUUAGAACCUGCUAUAAUAGGUUUUGUGGUUUUUGUUUGUUUGUUUGUUUUUUAACAAAAAAAUCACUCUUCAUAAAAGUUGGAAUUGGAAGGGAACUGUCUCUUAGAUCAGCCUAGUUACUAGGCAGUGUAGUUAGCUGAUUGCCAAAAGUAACAAUCACUAACCACACAGCCAGGUAAAAAGGCUUGGAAGAUAUCUCAAUGGAAAUCAGACGCACAGGAAUUUUGACUACAGAAGGCAGGCAGACUGACCUCCUUGAAGAAGCAUCUAAGAAGCAUCGGUCUAAUAGACAGGCAGGGCAGUGAAAUUAAACAAGUGCAAUGUGCUGGACCGCCUGUCACACAUGGAAGAGAGAGGGAAGUACUGCUCUCCAAUGCCCGCUGCUUCCUCGCAAAAGUGAGGAAAACAGUGAGAAAGAGAGAAUCUCAGAAGCUCAAAAUGUGCAGAAAACUAAAGUAAAAGAAAAAUAUCUUCAGCAGGCCAAGAAAAGAGAAGAUAUACUAGCUUUGCUGAGGAAACAGAGAGAAGAAAGGAUUGCAAAAGAACUGAUUUCUCAUCCACAUAAACCAAAGAUCAAAGCUGAUGAAGUAAGCAGGCAGAAGGUGUUUGAAGCAGACCAUCAGGAUCAAGCAGCAGUAAAGGCCCUCAAAUAGUUCAGCUAAACUCUGAUGAAGACAAUGAAAUAUUUCUUUGCUCCAGAAAAAAUGUUGUUAUCAGAACCGUGUUGCUGUGGACUUCAAGCCAUGUACAUUUCUAAUUUGACUACAUUUCUAGUUGCUCAUACUGAGACGUGGCAUGACAGACAAAGGCUGUGUAUAGGCUUGCAGCAACCUAUCCGUCAUUUUCUUUGUUUUGCUGAAGUUAAAAUAAAUGCUUAAUUGCUUUACUUACUACACUGUUAGGUCCUAAUGUGGUGGUAGUGGCUUGGGCAGUGCUGUUUGUCCUCAAGUUUUUCUGUUGUCUUGGCACGACAGCAGUAAACAAUGUAUGCAAAUAGCUCCUUGUCAAUCUUCAGAGUCCUUGUCCAAGCUGCUGCCUAAGGUAAUUCAAGGGAGUGGUAUAAUAAACAUCCCCUAGACUUGUUUUCCAUGGACUUGAGUGGUUCUGGGACUUUCGACUUGUGGGCUUUGAAGUCUCACGUACUUUACUAGUCAGCUUUCAAAAUGUUUGCUUCUAUGAUCUGAAGGGUUGUUAUAUUGAAUAUAUUCAUUUUGUGUGCUCAAUUCUCCAAAAUUAUAAAUGGAGAGCAACUGUUUUACCUUUGUUGCAAAAUCGUUCUUUAAAAGUAGAAAACAGGUCAAAAGGAAGAGUCUGUGGCUAGUAAUAGCGUUAGGAUUGCACAAUAAACACAGCAAGCUUUGUUAUCAAGUGUCUAUAGUGUUCGAGUGGUUGGAGUUGACCUCUUUCAAUAAAUAGAUCAAAAAGGCUUCUGUCAGCUACUGCGCUUUCCUGCUGAAAAGAGCGAGAUCUUUGGUAAUCACUUUGGGGUUCUAUGGUACUGCGUUCCCCAGUUCUGCUCUUGAUGUGGGAGAGACUAGAAGAGACUGAUGCCAUGUGGCAGAAUAUUUACCAUUAAUUCAAGAAAACGUGUUGAUAAUGCUGCCACUACUUGUCAUGGAUAUAUUCCAAUGUUUUGUUUUUUUUUUUUCCUUCAGAGCCAUUACAGAAAUAUUUUCCAAUGUAUUUAGUACGCAUAUAUGCUAGAAAAAGGAUAGACUUCUAAAAUGAUGAGCCAGGGGGCUUAAGCUUUGUUAUGGCAAUACCUGCAGCUGUAAAGAAAGUGAGGUUUUUAGUCUCUAGGAAUACUAACUAUUUGUGAUUACUUGGAUUACUUUGGUUACUUUCUGUGAAACAAGAAAAAAGCUCUCUAAACAGGAUGUCCUUUGUGUUAAGCAUUCUUCAAAGACCACAUGCACUGGCAGAGCUUUAAGAUAAUGAAGUUUUGGCUGGUAAAGGCGUGAGUUCAGUCUUAAGCCCAGGCUACUUCCAGUUCAGCUGCUCAGUUCUUCCCUGUAAAUCAGUAAAAUUGCUCCUAUUUGUAAAGUUACUGAAGCGCUUGGGUAUUUACUAAACUGACUGUGAUCACCAAGGAUUUUGGAAAUGCAAAAAGUAUGCCCUAGGUAACUAUCACUCUGUGUUUUAGACAUGACAGACUGCAAAGCCAUGGCCUUAGUUGAUAUCUAGGAACUUUCCGACUCCUGGUGACCUGGAGUGGAAUGUCUUCACAGCUUUUUACAGGAUCUUUUUCUGUUUAAGGUACUGAUUUCAGAAAUAGCUUCUCCAACUGUAUUAUGAAGAGCUGGUAUAGGUUGGAAUUUUUAUAAAACGAUUAAAUUCUUAAAAUAUUGACAUCAGUAUCUCAGAGGAAACAGCAGUCCUUGGGGCUCCUGUUUUGUGUCGCCUCGCUGC